UAUUUUUAGAAUGAACUAUACAAUCUGUACCAGAGAGAAGCAAACAGGGAAAGUAACACAAGUUUUGCUUGGAGCCUGUGGUCAGCUAGUGAGGCUUUUGGUGGUUGUUUUCUUUCUUUCUUUUUCCUUUUUCCACAGUAGGGGAGCGACCCCUGGGGAAAGUUUCCUGAUGCAUUUAGAACAGUGGCCGCAAAGUUGAGAGAUGGUGUAUGCUCAGACACAAAGGAUUGGCUAAACUUGACAUUGAAGGUUACCCCUCCUGCUGCUAUAUAUUCUGAGAAGCACAGGCUUUUUGAGCUUAGAGACACCUGCUCUUCAAAAAGAACAGAGCCUCAGAGAAGCCUACCAGAAACCCUCUACAGAAGAACUUUACGAUGCAGAGAAAACUGGCAGCAGCCGUCCUCUUUGCAGCCCUGUGCAUUUGUCUCUGCCGGAAAGUGGGCGUCUCCCCAUCUAAGCGGAACAAGAAGCCAUACACCAAGCGGCCCGGCAGGACCACCUCGCCUGUCCAGAAAUACCUGUGCCACGGGGGUCAAAUGAUUGACGGUGUGGAACUGCAGCCGAACGACACCGACUAUUACAGGGAUAAUUGGAAGGAUUUUCCAGACGGACUUUAUUACCCCAACUGUUCCUUGUAUCGGGAGCCUAACGUAAGCAAAGAAGCCCUGGUUGGCGAGUGUGUCAGUUUUGUAACGCCUUCAACCAAGUUGAACCUGUCUCUAGGAAAGGAUGCGAAUGACCCCAAACAGAGAGUGAUGUGGUUCGUGAUUAACCACUUGUGUGCCAACGAAUCGUGCAGUCAGCCGUGUCCGCAGCGCUCUAACGCUGGAGCCCUCCGUUUUUCCAGUCAAGCCCUGAUUAUUGGCCUGCUUGGUCGCUCUGUUCUUCCCACAAAAUAAAGUUGCAGGCUCCAGGCUCCUGAUGUGGAAGACAGAGCUGUGUAGUUCCCUCUCCCCACCCCAGUCCAGAUCUAGCACUUUGGAUCGUCCCCAAUCUGACCUGGGCUGACCCAAGUCUAACCCAGAUACAGGACUGGAAUCACUCCGGGGUGGGGAGUCCUAAUGCUUAAUUAGGGUUUCAAGUCCUUGAAACAUUGCGUCUCCUCCCGCCCGCCCCUGCUGCGUUAAUGAGGUUUUUAAAACCCUAAUUUAAAAAUAUGAUCUGUAGGGAGCUGGGGGAAGGAGGAGACACUGUGUCUCCUCCAUCCUCCAACCACAGUGCAGAGAACCUUCUGCACAUCAACUGAUGAGUGGAGGUUUCAAUGCAGCUGGGAGCUGCUCCACCAGGGAAUGUGCUGGAAGAGCAGAGCUUGGAGAGGCUGCCUGCCGCGCCUCCUUUCCUACAACUGUCUGUCUGCCUUUUGACAGCCCUGAAUCACUCCAGCUGGACCGAGAUGAGGCAAUCCAGGGCUGUCCCAACAGCCAACCUAACCAAAGCCCAGAUCCCCCAGAAUUGGCAUGAUAUGGUUCAGGACCUGGGCUUUGACCGGUUCUGUUGCUCAGCCCUUUUUGUUGUUUAGUCGUGUCCGACUCUUCGUGACCCCAUGGACCAGAGCACGCCAGGCACUUCUGUCUUCCACUGCCUCCCACAGUUUAGUCCAACUCAUGCUGGUAGCUUCGAGAACACUGUCCAGCCAUCUUGUCCUCUGUCAUCCCCUUCUCCUUGUGCCCUCCAUCUUUCCCAACAUCAGGGUCUUUUCCAGGGAGUCUUCUCUUCUCAUGAGGUGGCCAAAGUACUGGAGCCUCAGCUUCAGGAUCUGUCCUUCCAGUGAGCACUCAGGGCUGAUUUCCUUAAGAAUGGACAUGUUUGAUCUUCUUGCAGUCCAUGGGACUCUCAAGAGUCUCCUCCAGCACUAUAAUUCAAAAUUAUUAAUUGCUCAGCCCUAGUAGAAACCAAAGAGGAGACAAGCAGGCCGCAAAGGCUUCUGAUAACCUUGCCAUUUUCCAUGCUUGAAUUUCUACUGCGUCAGGCGCACCACUUAUAUUAGUUGUAGGUAUGCAUGAGUCAGAUCUUUCCCCCACCAUCAGCUUUGCCAUUAUGCCCCGCACAUUUGAAGGAAGUAUGCAAAUUGCUAGAGCAGCACAGUGCUGAACUUCUGGCUUAUUUGGAGCCACAAUAGUCAAAGUUAUUUGCAUUUGGUCCUUGCCGCACAGAACAAGAAGCGCAGGGCCAAUUGGAUGGAAUGUUUGCUGCUCACUCAGUGACUUUUGACAUCUUCCCAUGAUGAGUGAGUGCAUUCAGC